AGAACAACCCGUCAGCACCCAACACUUACAAGCAAUUCAUCCUCAAUUAAUCGUUUAGAAUGACUUCCCUCGCAAAAACAAUCGUAGCAACCGGCGUUUCAUCCGGCAUCGGCUUCGAAGCAAUCAAACAGCUCCUCAGCCAGAGUCAACCAUACAAAGUCAUCCUCGGCGCACGCAACACCAAAAAUGCACAGAAAGCCUACGAUGAGCUUAAAUUCGACCGUGAAUCUCACGGAGUCACUGUUCUUCCCUUGGAGUUGAAUGAUUUGAAGGGCGUCAAGUCGUUUGCGGAGCAGACGCUUGAUAAGAUUGGGAGAGAGAAGAUUGAUUACUUGUUGCUUAAUGCAGGGUUGGGAGGUGUUGCUGCUGAGGGGCCGGGACCGCAUGGGUCGAAGUGGUGUGAACCGCAUGUCGUGAACCACCUUUCGCAGCAUUAUCUCGUGCAUCUUUUGAGGGAGAAGUUGGUUGAGUCUAAGUCGAGGAUCGUGUUUGUUUCAUCCGGCGCUAUUCGACGAGUCUCUGAUCCCAGCGUACUCGACACUGAACUCAAAGCCGGAUCUGGUGCCUCCGCCAGCACCACAUACUGUAACACCAAAUUCACCGGCCUCCUCGGCGCACAGUGGUGGCGUCGCCAACUCGCUGAUACCAACGACGUGGUUGCUGUUUCACCUGGUCUCAUCCCCGGUACAGGUCUUGCGGGACGUAUGGGCAUUACAGCUGAUAUGGCUGACGCAAAGUCGAUCCCCGAGGGUGCACAAAGUGUCCUUGCUGCGAUGACUCGAAGUGACUUCCCCGAGGACCGUGAUCGGAUCUUCUUGACGAGUUGGGGUGAGUGGUGGGAGAAGAGUGUUAUUGAAAAGUCGACGGAUAAGGAGUUGCAGGAUAAGUGGUGUCCUAGUAAGGAGGAGAUUGAACGUGAGGCUGGUAUCUCAUCUUAAGAAUUGAGCAUCAGGGCGGUGACUCUGGAUCAGGGGCGAAAAUAAACUUGUCCAAGAGUAUACUAAGCUUAUCUUAAAUUGCCCUAAAUUCAUCUAAACAUUUUUAGAAUUUAGGAUCAGAGCCAUAAGUUCUCUGCACUCGAGCUACGGAUGGAUGCAGAG